AUGUUCGAAAACCUACAUGCCUCCGCACCGAGUGCGUCCUUCGCUUCGUUCACAAGAUUGUCGUGCAGCGACGCCCGACACAUCCAGCCUCGAAGGAUGAAGGCCGAGAUGAAGCUGAAUGUCUUCGAGUGGCGCAUUUCUGGACCGCCACCCUGGAGUACUGAUGCUGGUCCUCAGAAGAUCGAGAAUAAGCUACAAUCCGUGUGGGCUGCUGCUGCGAGGCGGAUUCCGAUCGGAUACUCCGGAGCCUCAUCGACAAAAAGUGGGCUGGCGGUGGCCUAUUUUGAGCUGGCCAGACACGGGGUGUGCCAGCAGGGGGACAAGGCCCAUGUGGCGGUCGGGAAGAGGGAUCCGGGCUGGGCGUUGAAGGCUAUCCCCAUCGGGGUGGGUUACCAUCGUUCCUGUCUCCAACCAGCCACGUUCGUGGAGGCCAGCGAGCCCAAUAGCUUGGCCGACUCCGGGCCGGCGACUAGUCCGGCGGGGCAUGAGCACUAG